CUAUUAAUCAAGCAAUUCAGUUACUGAGUUUUCACAUCUAUAUAUCUAUAUAUCUAUAUAUCUAUCUAUAUAUAUUCAAUUCUGAGCAUCAACUGAGAGACUUUCUUGGAGUAACCAAAUUCCGAGGUUGCAUAUUCUAUCGAGCUAGCUGGCUAUCUAUAUAGAGGAAGAGAGUAUUUGAAGUUUUUGAGCUAUUGGAAUCAGAAUUAGGAUUGUAGAAGUAGCGGCAUGUCUCUUGUUUGGUGAUAAGUGGCAUCAAACUAAUGUUUUUGCAGAGAACUCUUCUUUUAUCAUUUGAUUGCAAGAGAUAAAUGAAAAUGGACAUAUACGAGCCAUUUCAGCAAGUUGGCAUGUGGGGUGACGGCUUUAAAGUUGAUGGUGGCCUGAAUUCAAUUGCUUCCCCAAUAUUAAUGGUUGACACUAAUGUCGAGACCAAGUCUGAAUAUAUUCCCCAAGAAUCAAGAGAGCCUUCUGGAGCCGAUCAAGAGACCACAGACAAAGAUGUUAACAAGGUGAUGAAGUUUCUUCAAGAUGAGAAGACGUUUAGCUCAGAAUAGAGAGGCUGCUCGGAAAAGUCGAUUGAGGAAAAAGGCGUAUGUUAAACAGUUAGAAUCAAGCCGUACGAAGCUCAUGCAAUUGGAGCUGGAAAUUGGGAGAGCAAGAAAACAGGGUCUGUACAUGGGCACUGCAUUAGAUGCCAGCUAUAUAGGAUCAACAUCAGAAACAAUAAACCCAGUCCUUCUGUUACAUGAAACAGUUAUUGUAGCAUUCGAAAUUGAAUAUGGACAAUGGGUUGAAGAACAACACAGGCGGAAUGAAGAGCUUAGACAUGCAUUUCAAACUCAAGCACCCGAUGUUCAGCUGAAUGUAGUGGUUCAGAGUGUCUUGAACCAUUACUCAAAUCUCUUCAGAAUGAAAGCAGAUGCUGCAAAGGCUGAUGUUCUGUAUUUACUCUCUGGUGUGUGGAAAGCAUCAGUGGAGCGCAUCUUCCUUUGGAUUGGAGGGUCCCGUCCAUCACAACUUCUAAACCCUUUUUUGCAGAUUAUCGUACCACAACUUGAGCCUUUGACUGAUCCACAAAUUGUUGGUAUUAACAAUCUCCGCCUAUCAUCUCAGCAAGCUGAAGAUGCUCUUUCACAGGGUUUGGAAAAACUUCAGCAGAGUUUGGUCCAUGACAUGGCAGUUGAUCCAUUGGGUGUAGGAAACUUCGGACUUCAGAUGGCUCUUGCUAUUGACAAAUUUGAGGCACUAGAAGGUUUUGUAAACCAGGCAGAUCACCUUAGACAACAAACUCUGCUUCACAUGUCACGCAUCCUCUCACCUCACCAAGCUGCUCGUGGCUUGCUGGCUCUUGGGGAAUACUUUCACCGUCUUCGCACACUUUGCUCUCUUUGGACUUCUCGUCCAUGUGAACUUCCCUAGUUUAGUUUCCCUAACUCAGGCUCCUAGUACUCCACAAAUAACCGAAGGUUGCUCCUUAAAGGAAGAAACAUGUACCUCCUACUGCAUAACUUCAACGGGAUUAUCUGUUAUGUGCUCUGCGAACUGUUUCUGAGUUUUGGAUAUUAAUGUAUGAUUAUGAAAGUUAGUGUACUACCAUGAAGCAAAUUAUGUGAUUUGCUGCUGUAGAGAGUAUGAUUGUACAUAAACAGUGUAUCAUCUUAAGUGCUAUAUCAUCAUGAGAAACUUUCUGCUAUCUUGAAA